AUGCCGCCCGCCGCCGACCGCCACCCUCCUGCAUCAAGCGCCCCGGCCCCGGCGGCGCACUCGCUCGCCCGCCACGAGUUCGUCUCGAGCGAUUGCUCGGUGCGGGUCCGGGGCCGCAUCGUGCAGCACGGCCCACCGGGCCAGAUUGACGGAAUCCAGCUCGAGCUCGACUCGGACGACGGCCUGUCGAUUCGCUACCCGCAACUCGUCAGCGUGCGCAUCCGGCCCGAGGAGCAGACGCUGUGGAGCAUCAACGCGGGCGAGCGCCUCUUGACCCUCGCCACGCCCCUCCUCCCGCCGCCGGCCGACGACGACGACGACCAUGCCGCCUCGGACAAGCACCGCUCGUCGUCUGCGAUAGACGACGAGGACGACGAGGACGAGGAGGGCGAGCCGGCGCACGACGAGCACAAGGCGGCCAAGCCGACGGUCGUCACCCUGCACGAGGGCUUCCUCCCGGCGUCCGAGGCCGACCACCUCGAGUCGUCGCCGCUGUACUCGUCGACCUUCCAGGUCCUCAUCGACGGCCCGACCUUUCCCCCUCCGCACUUUGACCCGGCGUCGCUCGCCCCGCCGACGCCCGCCGUGCGCCCUCACGACGGCACCACCACCACCACCACCGGCGGCGGCGGCCUCUCGAGCGGCAUGCUCAACUCGCCGACGAUCCAGCGCGCCCUCCUGUCGCCGCUCCUGUCGCCGCAACGUCGCGCCGCGUCCCAGGGCAGCGACGCGUCGGUCCCGCCGCUCUCGAUCGGCCUGAGCCGCACCUCGCGCGCGUCCUUCUCGGCGCCCGACCGCCCGCCCGCGCCGGCCAACCCGUCCACCUCCGCCUCGCGCGGCCUCGCCGCCCUCAUCGUCCCGCCCUCGACCUCGACCACCAACUCGUCCUCCACCUCCUCCACCGCCACCACCACGCCCCCGACCCUCGGCGGCACCCUCACCGGCGCCCUCUCGUCGGCCGCCAAGCGCACCGCCGAGGAGCUCGUCGCGCUGCGCCGCACCCACGACGCCUACGUCCGGCGCGCCAAAGCCGAGCUCGAGAUCCUCGAGGCGCGCAUCGACAACUUUGACGGCCACGUCGCGGGCAAAGAGGAGGGGAUCGUGCGCGGGUUCCGCACGCGCGACGAGCGUGACGCGCGCGCUCGACAGAAGGUCGAUGCCGGGGCGAGCGUGAGCCGCAGCAGGGAGAGGGGGCGCACGCCCGUCGCUGACGUUGUCGAAGGCGGCGGCGGCGGUGGCGGCGAGGCGGCGAGGCGCUCGAGCGCGAGUGGGAGCCGCGAGCGGCCCAUGAGCCGGGGCCGCGGCAGUGUCGAGCGCGCAGGCCCUGCGCCGCACGCUUCGUCCUCGGCCUCGGCCUCGGCCUCGUCGUCGUCGGUCCCGCGCGCGACCAACAAGGACGAGGACGUGUCGAGCCUGAUCCGCGCCCAGGACGAGCGCGAGGAGGACGAGCGUGGGCGGUCGCGCUCGCGCGCGAGGCGCGACGAGGCGGGCCCGCCGUCGACGCAGACGCAGGCGCACGCGCACGCGCACGCGCAGGCGGCGGCGGCCGGCUCGGCGUCGCAGCGCAGCCGCAGCAGGACCAAGGCGCUCGCCGAGGCCAACGCCAAGGUGCUCGAGGACGCGUCGACGUCGGCGUCGGCGUCGGGCUCGACGGUGCGGCAGGGCGAGAGCUCGAGUCGCGAGCGCGGCGAGGCGGGCGAGCCAGGGUCCGGGUCGGCAUCGGCGUCGGCCGAGUCGAGGGGCCGAGGGCGCGGGCCGCGCAAGGGCGAGAACAUCCCGGCGACGCUCGAGGAGGAGGACGAGGAGGACGACGAGGGCGCCGCCGACCGGCGAGGGCGCGACCGCAACCGCGACCACCAGCGCGACGGCAACACGACGACGCCCCGUGGCGACCCUCGCGGCGGCUCGAACGGCUUCCUGUCGCCUUCUUCUGCGGGCGCCGGGCAGCCGACGACUCGCGGCAGCAACGGCGGCGGCGGCGGCAGCUCGACGGGCACGACGCCGACGUUCCAUGCGGCCGGCCACCCGCUCGUCGCCAUCCCCGAGAGCGAGGAGCUCUCGGUCACGCCGAGCGACAAGGGCGACGCGCCCGAGCCGGCGGCGAGGAGCGAGCGGCUCGGCGAGCGGGCCCAGAGGGAGCGGCAGAAGAGCGCCGAGCAGGACGAGGAGGAGGACCAACCGUUCGAGAUGGACGAGGACGUCGACGUCGACGCGUUCGACCUUGGCUCGCCGCAGCCGAGGACCGUCCCGCUCGACAGCCCGAGUCUCGAGGUCGGCAACGGGCCGUCGCACGGUCAGCAGCACCAGCAGCAGUCGGCCGUCUCGUCCAGCUUCCGGCCCGGCUCGUUCCAGCGCGCGUCGGCCCUGUCGGCAUCGUACAACGCCCUCCUCGCGACCCACUCGCCCAAGAUGCGCGCCUCGCCGCACUCGCCCGCCGUCGGCCUCCCCGUCUCGCCCUCGGUCAGCGCCACGCGCGCCUACGGCUCGCCGGCGAGCCGUGCCUCGCCCGCUCCCCGCGCCGCCGGCGAGCAAAACUCGGCGCUCCCGCCCUUCUCGCCGCCUGAGGCGCACCGCCAGACGGCCACCUCGGCCCGCGAGGACGCCCAAGCCGCGCUCGCCUCGUCGACGCUCGAGCACUCGCGCCUCGGCCGCAGCAGCGGCGGCGGUGGCGGGCCCGACCCUCGCGACGUGCGGCGCGGCGAGCAAAAGAUCCGCGACGUGCUCGCCAUGGACGUGCCGAGCCACCGGCCGCUGCACUCGAUGCGCCGGCGCGCGAGCGUCGACACGCCCAACGCGGCGACGUACCAGGCCGACGACGACGGGACCGACAGCGCCGAGACGAGCGAGGAGGACGACGUCGUGCCCGACCUCGGAGGAGGCUCGAGCGCCGCCGGGCUCGCCAUGAGCGGGCUCACGUCGCCCAACAGCACCGGCGGCCCUCGUGGCGCGCAACAGCAGCAGCAGCACCAGCAGCACCAGGUCGGCUCGCUCCCGAUCGCGCUCGGCCGCCCGUCGUCCGUCAACGCCGCCCUGUCGUCGUGGCGCCCGGACCCGGAGCGCGACUGGGCCCAGGCGCGCGAGCGCAAGACGUCGCUCGCCCAAGGUCGCGAGCAGCCGCUCGUCCCGCCCAUCAAGGGCGCCUCGUCGUCGUCAGCGGCGUCGGGCGCGCGCACGAUCCCGACGGCGGGAGGUGGCGCCGCCGUCCUGCCCGUCGAGCCGCCGAGCGCGGCGCUCGAGAUCGAGAGCCCGGCGACGCCUCGCCCGACGAGCGCGGGUGGGACGGGCAUCAGCGGCAUGCCCGGCACGGGCGCGUCGUCGGGCCAGCACGGGCAGGGCCAGGCGCAAGGGCAGGGCGCGAGCGUCGCCAUGUCGUCGAGCCUCGCGCAGAGCUUGCGCAACGCGCCUGCGUCGUUUGGGCGCCGGGCCGAGGCCGAGGACCGCAAUGGUGCGCAGCAGCAGCAGCACGCGCACGAGCAGGGGCACGUCGACCGCGGCGCGCUCAGCAGCGGGACGGCGGCCGCCGAGGGCGUCACGGUCGCCGACGAGGAGGGCGCCGAAGGGGAGGAGGAGGAGGAGGACGACGACGACGAUGGGGCGUUCGUGCCGCCGCACCUCGUCGCCGAGCGGCCCGAGCGCAAGGACGAGCGCCUUGCGUGGUCCACUCGCCCUCAUCUCGUCCGCCGCCCCCACCUGCACCGCCCUUCAUCUCCGACUCGAACUCCCGCCCUCGCACGACCGCCAGCUGCCAUGGAUUUCCUCACGCGCGACCUCACCGCCCACCCUGAUCCGGCCCAGCCCUCUGCUCCCACCCACUCGACGUCGUCCGCCACCUCGCCCGCCGGCAGCACAUCCGCCGGCAGCACAUCCGCCGCCUCGUCGUCCAGCCCGACUGCCCCGAACCCGCACGCCGAUCGCCGCACGAGCGACGCCGCCUCGCUCACGCCCUCGUCCGCGACCGGCUCGACCCUCGAGCACAACGCCGCCCUCGAGCACACGGCCGCCCAGUUCGCCACCCUGCGCACCUCGGACCCUGCGCCAGCUCCGUCGAGCGGCGUCCCGGGCGAGCCCAACGUCGAGCCGCCCAGUGUCGCCAAGGGCGACUGGCUCGCGUACGGCCGCGUCAAGGCCCAGGUCGUGCUCUGGCCCGAGGGCACGGUCGGCGUCAAGGGCGGCAAGAAGCUGAGGGAGCGCGAGGGCGACGAGGAGUGGGUCGUCGAGGGCACGCUCUGGGUCACCAAGCUCGGCGAGAUUGUCCUCGUCAUCAACCAGAAGAAGCCGCCCGUGCACGUCGACCGCAGCAGGGCGCGCAUGGCGUCGCUCGGCCGCCGCCUCAGCAUCGGCUCGUUCGGCCGCACCACGUCGCGCGACUCUGGCACCGGCGGCGACCCGACCGCAACGACGACCGACGACGACCCGCACGCCGCCGCCGAGAGCAAGGGCGGCUUCUCGGGCUUUGUCAAGAAGGUCGUCUCGGCCGUCACGCCGGGCAAGUCGUCGUCGUCGUCGUCGCACGGCGAGGCCGGCAGCGGCGACGGCGUGUCGCUCACGCGCACGCGCACGGGUGAGCGCACGCCUCGCACGGCGACGGCGGGCGGCGGCGCUGCGGCGACGACGACGACGCCGCCGCGCCGGCAGAGUGGCGAGGAGGCGGCGGCGGGAGGUCGUGGUGGGCUCACGUUUGAGGAGCCCGAGAAGGCGCCGUCGCCUUUCCCGACGUACAAGGGCCACCCCGUCACGGCGCUCUACAUCCGCUCGCCGUCCCUCAUCCACUCGCUCCGCUUCUACCCUCACCGCAAGGUGCAGCGCUCGUCGUUCGGCUCCGGGUCCAAGGACGCGCCCGUCUCGUCGGCACCCGGCCCGGCGGCGCCCAAGGACGAGAAUGGCCAGCUGCCCGAGUCGGACAGCGCCCUCCUCGUGUCGGCGCCCAUCGUCGAGCUCGACGUCGUCGACAAGGACAAAGGGCUCGAGGUCGUCGGGCAGGAGGGGAACAGGAGGGAGGUCACGAUCGGGUUCGUCUUCAAGGACGUCCUCCUCAUGAACGAGGCCGACACGUUCCGCCGCCGCGUCGAGGCGCUCCUCCACCCGCCCGCCGCCGCCGACUCGAGCCCGCAGCAGCCGAGCGGCUUUGGCUCGGCCCUCAUGCGCACCAUCUCGGGCAAGAAUGCUGCCACGACGACCACCUCGACCUCGACGGCGCCGACGGCUACCGGCGAGACUGAGCAGGCAGCGUCGCCUCUCGUCGGUGGCGGCGGCGGCGGCGGCGCGGCGCAGGCUGGCGACGUCGAGGGCGAGACGGGCGCGCCGAAGCAGGACGUGUGGGUGUGAGCGGGGCGUCGUCAUCGUUGGUCGUCUCCCGAGGAGGUUCUGCUUGUUCUCGCUUUGACCUCGUCCUGUCUCCCCAGUACCCGCUUUCUCUCGUCCUUGUGUAGCUCUCUCUCUCUCUCGUGUCUGCAGUGUACCUCUCGCUUUGCCAAC